AUGAACUUCUUCCUUACACUGUUACUCUCAGCUGCAGUGCUUCUUGAUGCUGCUCCUGUCGACACCACCUCGGAGGAGGAAACCCUGAAAGCUGAGGCUACGGGCUACGGUGGAGGAGGUUAUGGAGGGCUAGGUGGUUAUGGUGGUGUUGGAGGCCUCGGGGGAGGAGGCUACAUCACGGAAUUGGUGGUGGAGGUGGAUUUGGUGGCGGAGGUGGACUUGGAGGCGGAUUUGGUAGGCGGAGGUGGUCUUGGAGGCGGAUUUGGUGGCGGAGGAGGCCUUGGAGGUGGAUUUGGUGGCGGAGGUGGACUUGGAGGCGGAUUUGGUGGCGGAGGAGGCCUUGGAGGUGGAUUUGGUGGCGGAGGGGGUAAUGGAGUGCCAGUAACUGUACUGGGAGGAAUUGGUGGUGGAGGUGGUCUUGGAGGUGGAUUUGGUGGUGGAGGUGGCCUUGGAGGUGGAUUUGGUGGUGGAGGUGGCCUUGGUGGUGGAUUUGGUGGCGGAGGUGGUCUUGGAGGUGGAUUUGGUGGUGGAGGUGGUCUUGGAGGCGGAUUUGGUGGCGGAGGAGGCCUUGGAGGUGGAUUUGGUGGCGGAGGGGGUAAUGUCCUGGCUCUUCUCGUCUCACCACUCCAACUAACUACAGGAGGUGGAUAUGGAGGAGGAGUGGGUGGUGGAUUAGGAGGUGGAGUGGGUGGCGGAUUUGGAGGAGGAUUAGGAGGAGGAGUGGGUGGCGGAUUAGGAGGUGGAGUUUUGGGUGGUGGACUUGGGUACGGUAGAGGUAGACACGGAGGCUAUAUAUGGAAUGAUUAG